AUGUCAACAACUAUGUCCUCCACCAUUUCCUUCUCAGUCGGAACCCUGUUCAACAAACCCAAACCCAAUUUCACCCUGCGCUCCUCCUUCCUCGGUCCUCCUCCCAAACUCCACCUCAAAACGACACCGUCCUCGUCAAAAUUCACCAUGAGCGUCGAGGCCGGCAUCGGAUUAAUGGCCACCAAGCUAGGCAUGAUGAGUUUCUUCGAGUCCGACGGCAAGGUCGUUCCCGUAACCGUCGUCGGCUUCAAGGAAGGCAACAUUGUCACCCAGGUCAAGACCCAGGCCACGGAUGGAUACGACGCCGUUCAGGUGGGAUACCGCCGUGUGAGGGACCGGAAACUGACCAAGCCGGAGAUGGGUCAUCUAGAGAAGGCCGGAGCUAUCCCUAUGCGCCAUCUACAGGAGUUUCGGCUGCAAUCGGUGGAGGGGUUCGAGGCGAACCAGAAGCUGGUGUUGGAGGAGCUUUUCAAGGAAGGGGAUUUGGUCGAUGUUUCGGGGACGACGAUUGGGAAAGGGUUUCAGGGUGGUAUCAAACGUCAUCACUUCAAGAGGGGUCUGAUGACUCAUGGGUCCAAAAGCCAUAGAGCUCUGGGUUCCAUUGGAGCUGGAACCACUCCUGGUAGAGUUUACAAGGGGAAGAAGAUGCCUGGUCGAAUGGGAGGGACUAAGCGUAAGAUUCGAAAGCUCAAAAUUGUAAAGAUCGAUAAAGAACUCAAUGUUGUUAUGAUCAAAGGCGCUCUUCCUGGAAAGCCUGGUAAUCUUCUCAGGAUUACACCUGCUAAGAUUGUUGGCGUAAACAUUCCCAAGAACUAAUUUUUAUUUUUAAUUUCUUUCACUUUUCUUCCUUUGUUUGUAUAACAUUUUGAGAAUUCAUAGUUGAUAGUUGUUGUUUAUUAAUCAAGUCUUUGCUUU